GCUGUUCGCCCACUCCCAUCAGGAGCAUGCCGUCUGCCUUUGAGAGGGUGGUCCGGAGCGUGGUCCGGGAGCUGGACAACACAGGGCAGUUCACCCCUGUGGACAGUCUGGGCAGCUCCAGCAGCUUCCGGCCCUACUCCCUGCUGCACAGGAAGCCCUCCAGGUCCUGGUUCUGGAAGCCCCGCUACACUUGUGUCAACAUGUCAAUCAAGGACAUCCUGGAGCCCGAGGCCCCAGAACCAGACUUGGAGUGCGUGGGCCCCUUCCUCUUCUGUGAUGCCACGGACGGGCAGCUAGAGGGCAGUGUACAGCUGGCAGGCCCUGGCCGGGGGAGCAUUGCAGCCGAGGCUGCAGUUUCCAAAAGCCACAACACCUCUAUGAACGUGUGCCGGCUCCUAGUGGACUCCAAGACCUUGGAGAGUCUGCACCGGGAUAGGCGACUGCGGCGCCCAGAACCCAAGAUCCUGCAGCAGCUGCGCCAACGUGGGGACAAUGUGUUUGUGGUGACGGAGGUGCUGCAGACCCAGCAAGAGGUCCAAGUCACCCAGGCUGGCAGGCUGGAGGGCUCAGGCCAGUUGGGAGUGCCUGGAGCCAUGUCCUUUGAGGGCAAGGGCCAGGGCCACCUGAGCCGGAAGAGGACAGUCACCAUUCCUGAGGGCAGCAUCCUUGCCUUCCGGGUGGCCCAGCUGAUCAUUGACUCUGACUGGGACUUACUUUUCAUCCCAGAGAAGAAGCAAAGGACCUUCCAGGGGCCCGGCAGAGAUGACGCAUCCUCCCAAUCCUGUGUGGCAAGGUGCAGCCUUAAACACUUUGAAUUUGAGGAAGAUGGGUCUGACAAGGAGUCAGGGUCGACUGAAGACUUCCGGGGGCUGAAGGCAGAGGUGGAGGACAUAGGCCGCCAGCUGCUGUGCAUGGAUGCCACACUGAGCCAGAAGCUGCUGGGGGGCCUGGCCGCAGCACUGAGGGACCCCGCGGCCCUGGGAGCCCUGGAGGAGCUGCUGGAGCAGGGCCUGCGUGGCAAGCAGCUCCAGCCCCUGGACGGGGUGACCAGUGCAGUGCUCGAGUGCCUGAUGCUGUCCUCUGGGGAGCUGGUGGAGGAAAUCGCUGACCCGGUCCUGUACCUGUUGGGGGCACUGACCGUACUGAGUGGCAAUCAGCAGGAGCUGCUGGCUGAGGUGGCGCUGGACACAGAGGCCCUGGCGUGCCAUCUGCAGCUGGUACACAACCUUCUGGAGCAGAGCACCCCCUGGCAGGAGCCCAGCAUCAUAACCCUGCCCACCGGUCUGCUGGAGAGAGGCUGGGAUGAGAACCAGCCUGCCUGGACCCUGCUGGAGGAGUGUGGCCACGAGCUGCAGGCAGCCGCCCCGCACGUGCACUGGGAGCCCCAGGCCCAGGACCGCACAUGUGCACUCUACACCUGCCUGGCGUUUCUGUGUGGCCUGAGCCGGCAGCUCCGCUAGGUUGCUGGCUGUGUGUGAGGCCAGGUGCUGGGGCAGCAGUAAAUGCGGUGUGUGAAGGGACAGUUUGAGGAUGUUUCUGAGGGCCUGGUUGGGGC